CUUGGAGGGCGAGUUCCGGGGCUUGGUGUAGGAGGGAGGGAGAAUGCAGUCGUGAUAUGUGCGUGUGGACAGUCGCAGAAGGUUUAGACGCUGAGGAUUGGGGGUUUUGGCGGCGGAGGAGGAGGAGGAGGAGUAGAGGAGACGCAGUCGGUGGAAGUUUGAAAGGAACCCUACGUCGGUGACACAAGUGGAAAGAUCUCAGCUCGCAGUCUGAGUUUUUUUUUUUUUUUUUUUUUUUUUUUUCCUUCUUUUUUCCCCCCUAUUCGCGUGGAUGGUGAUUGGAAAUUUGUACGGGUUAUGAUAAUAUUGAGUAGGUCUAUUUUCAGAGUAAGGCUCUCGUUGCUGAGUUGUCAAGGAUUUUGAUAGAAAAGGAGCUGGUUUGAAGAGGGAUUGGGUUACCUGUAUAAAGAUGGUGAAGGAUACUCAAUAUUACGAGGUUUUGGAGGUGCGGCCAGAUGCAACGGCUUCGGACAUCAAGAAGGCGUAUUAUUUUAAGGCAAGGUUGGUUCAUCCGGAUAAGAACCCAAAUGAUCCUGAAGCUGCGCAUAAUUUCCAGGUUUUAGGAGAAGCUUAUCAAAUACUUAGCGAUCCGCAAAAACGCGAGGCGUAUGAUAAGUAUGGGAAGCAGAGUGUCUCACAGGAUGCAAUGGUGGAUGCAGCUGCAGUGUUCGGAAUGCUGUUUGGUAGCGAUGCUUUUCAAGACUACGUGGGUCAGCUUGCAAUGGCGUCAAUGGCAUCAAUGGAUACUGGUGCGGAUGGCCAACCAGUGGACAUGAAAGAAGCUCAAGCAAAAUUCAAGAAAGCGCAGAAGGAUAGGGAGGAGCAGCUAGCGAAUCUUUUACGCGAUCGGAUUGACCUGUAUGUGAAAGGUGACAAGCAAGGGUUCGUUUCUUGGGCUCAAGAAGAAUCUUCACAACUUGCAGAAGCUGCUUUUGGUGAGGAAAUGCUUCACACCAUCGGAUAUAUUUAUGCGAGGCAAGCCGCGAAGGAGAUGGGCAAGAACAUAUUUCUCUUAGGAGUUCCAUUUUUAACAGAAUGGGUGCGCGACAAAGGUCACUUCAUCAAAUCUCAAGUUACUGCUGCCGCGGGUGCAAUACAACUGAUGCAAAUGCAAGAGGAUUUAAGGAAAGCAGUAGAGGCUGGUGAGAGCAAUGGAGAAGAAGCUAUUGAAAGUUACUUGCAGGCCAAGCAAAAAGUAAUGUUGGACUCACUAUGGAAGCUCAACGUUGCCGACAUAGAGCUUACGUUGUCCCAUGUUUGCCAAGCGGUGUUACGGGAAUCUGGUGUCAAGAAAAACGUGUUGAGGCAGAGGGCAAAAGCGCUCAAGAAAAUGGGUGGUAUAUUCCAGGGUGUGAAAGGAUUCCAGAGUGACCAUGGCUUUCGUCGAAAGGAUGAAAAGCUUCCCGGGUCGGUAGACUCUCCUAAAAUUGAACCAGAACCGAAACCAUUCAUUCAAGCUAACAGUGCCAGCCUCAACCAGGGCAACUCAAGGCUCUUGCCUAAGAAAAAGGAAUUUUCAGGAAAAGGUUGCAUUUGUUACACGUGAAGGCUUGUUUCUUUCUGAUCAGAUUUUCCCGGUGGAUGUCCAGGCCUCAGGAUCCGGUUGAGACUAACUUAAGACAUUCUUGGUUGAAUGUUACGCCUUCGUGAAUUCUCGCCUUCAUACUCCCAUUUGUGAACAUCAUCAAACGCAGCCGCUGCAAACCAAAUAUCUAUAUAUAUAUAUAUGCUGAUGAAAUUGGCUGGAGAGGUCUGAAGGCUACUCUACUCAAAUUAUAUAAUGCUUGAGUUUCGUCAUCUGCGGCAGCGCAGCGUUCCAUAGCAGUCAUGUUUAAGGAGCUCCUGAAUAUUCGCUUUCAGAUCUUAAUUGAGGUUACCCGUGAAUUUGGUUUGCGCCCUGUGCUUGGAAGUUGAAGGCCCUGAAGGUACAGGUUUUGUAGAGUAAAUUUUUCUUCUACGUUGUUGGUACUUGUUUGCAGAGGCCAUUCUUUUAGCCUUCAUUCUUAUCAAAUUUCUAUAUUUGAUUGUACAAGUGAUAUUUCUGAAAGGUUGGUUAGAGUCCAAAUCCUGCUCAUUACUUCAUGUCUUAUUAUUGGACCAAGUUAAUAAAUAGUCACAUUGUGUUCGUUA